AAAAUAAUUUGGUAGAAAACUAUACAUUUCUACUAGAUUUUUCUAAAAAUACCUAUAUACAAUUUGGUAUAAUAUGGGAGUGACAAGUGCAACUUUGGGGUGUCAUGUGAGAACACAAUGAGAUUAUUACUGGGCCCACUUUACAGCCCGGCCCAAUUCAGAAGCAGUUUUCGUCUUGCGAUGUGAAAAUACUGUUUAACAAUGUCACUUCGAAACAACAACACAAACGCUUAAACCCAAAAACUUCGUGAAAUCAAUGCGGUUUGGAUUAUCAGGGCUCGAUUCAUGGCGAAAAAGUUGCUGUUAUUCGCAUUGGGAACGAUGGAUGACAACAAGCAAACGAGUUCAAGACCGAAGCAAGAAGAAAAGGGUUCACGAACUCGAAGUAGCAACAGAGAAAUGGAAGAUAACAUCCAAAAUCAUUUUCUUAAUGGAACUUCUCAAACAAGAACCGGAAAUGGUUAUUCCUGUUCGAUCCCUUUCUCAUUACAGAAAACAAAUCAGCCUUCCCAAACCUCACAGAAUCUCCGAUUUUCUUCGCAAAACCCCGAAACUUUUUGAACUCUAUAAGGAUCGAAAUGGUGUGUUGUGGUGUGGUUUGACGCAUAAAGCUGAAGACUUGAUGGAAGAACACAAAAGGGUUGUCGAGGAAAAUGAGGAUAAAGCUGCGGAAUAUGUUACUAGGUUUCUUAUGAUGUCCGUUGAUAAACGUCUUCCGGUGGAGAAAAUUGCGCAUUUUAGAAGAGAUUUUGGGUUGCCAAUGGAUUUUAGAACUCACUGGGUGAAUCGGUAUCCUCAGUUUUUUCGUGUGGUGAAGCCUUCUCUUGAUGAUGUUGAGUUUUUGGAGCUUGUUUCUUGGAACCCUGAAUGGGCUAUCACAGAGAUUGAGAAGAAGAACAUGAAGAUGGUGGAAGGGGUAACAGAAACUGAAACGAAGACUGAAACUUCACACACUCCGGGUUUGCUUUCUUUACCAUUUCCUUUGAAAUUUCCUUCAAAUUUUAAAAGGGUGCAUAGUUAUUAUGGAGAAAAAAUAAAACUGUUUCAGGGUAGAUCAUAUUUGUCACCUUAUGCUGAUGCAAAGGGUUUAAAACCCGGAUCAUUAGAAUUUGAUAAAAGGGCUGUUGCUGUAAUGCAUGAACUGCUUAGUUUUACCGUUGAGAAGAGGUUGGUAACAGAUCACCUCACUCACUUUCGUUGGGAGUUAGUGAUGCCUCAGAAGUUGAUGAGGCUUUUGCUUAAACAUUGUGGUAUUUUUUAUGUUUCUGAGAGAGGGAAGAGGUUUAGUGUGUUUCUAACAGAAGCUUAUGAUGGUUCGGAGCUUAUUGAGAAAUCUCCUUUGAUCCUGUGGAGGGAGAAGCUUCUUAGUCUUGUUGGUUAUAGAGGGAGAAAGAAGAAGUUUGAGGCGGACACUGAGAGUGAUGAGGAAGGUGGUGAUGGUUUGCGGUUGCUCCAGAGUGGUUCUGAUGUGGAGGACUUGGAUGUGGAGCUUGAGCAAAAGGAUACCUUGGAGUACAAGGAUCCUUUACUCGAGGACGAUUCUGAGAUGGAUGUUGGAGAGAUUAUGUGAGCGUGACGAAACUUUAUAAUUUAUUGAGGUGGAAGUUUGUUGCGUUUCUCGAACAUUCAAUUGAAUACUUCAUUGUAAGUCAAUUUUGUAUCUUUAAACAAAACUUGAUCUCUUUUAUACAUGAAAAGAUGUAUACCGAAUAUAGAUUGUACUUGUACCUGCGUGCAUUGUUGUUAAAUAGUGGCUAUGUUAGGAUGGGAAACGAGUUAUGUUUUACAUGCUCAGCUAAAGACUAUAUGCAGUGAAGUAACCAAAAUGAGGAGUUACUCUCAUUAUUGAGAUAUUUAAUAAGUCAAUGGUUUCUGUGAUGCACUCCAUUUAAUUAA